CAUUACUCCUUUGUCUUUUAAAUCCCCCCUCUGUUUUCAAAUAAUUCACACCUUAAAAUCCCAUGGGGUCUGCUGAGAGAUCAAAGAAGAAAGUUCAGUUAUGGAAGAAAGCUAUUGGUCAUUUCUCUUUAUGUUUCGUUAUGGGGUUUUUCACAGGCUUUGCUCCAACUGGUAAGGAUUCUAUUUUUUCCAGCCAUGUUGUUGCUGAUAAUAAAUCACUGAGUAGUUCGCCUCAGCAUGUGAACCAGUCAGUAACAUCAGUGGCACAUAGCAUUAAUGUUAACAGAAGUUUGAGAGCCGAAACUCCGGUGCCGGUGCCGGAGAGUUCGAAACAAGUGGAUGAUGUUGUUCAUGAAACCAAUGUGCCAGCCGGGAGACUUCUAAUUGUCGUUACACCGACGAGCACGAAAGAUGAGUUUCGAGGUGUGUUCUUGAGGAGGCUAGCGAAUACUAUACGACUGGUUCCUCAACCAUUGCUGUGGAUCAUCGUCGAAGGGCAAUCGGAUUCGAACGAGGUAUCGGCGAUACUUCGGAAAACGGGGAUCAUGUAUAGGCAUUUGGUGUCCAAGGAGAAUUUCACAGACCCUGAAGCAGAACUAAAUCAUCAACGGAACGUUGCAUUGAAGCACAUUGAGCAGCACAAGCUGAGUGGGAUAGUGCAUUUCGCCGGACUUUCCAAUGUCUACGAUCUCGAUUUCUUCCAACAACUCAGACAAAUCGAGGUGUUUGGAACUUGGCCAACGGCGUUACUAUCAGCAAACAAGAGAAAAGUAGUGAUCGAAGGACCUGUUUGCGAUUCGUCACAAGUUAUAGGAUGGCAUCUAAGGAAGAUGAAUAACCAGACAGAUGAAGAGAUGAAACCUCCCAUUCAUAUUUCAAGCUUUGCAUUCAACAGUUCAAUCCUAUGGGACCCUGAGAGAUGGGGUCGUCCCACAUCGGGUCAAGGCACUUCCCAGAAUUCCCUGAAACUUGUGAAACAAAUUGUGCAAGAAGAUGAGACAAAGUUAAAGGGUAUUCCACCGGAAGAGUGCUCCAAAAUCAUGCUUUGGCGUCUUCAGUUUGCCAUUGGAGUUGUGCCAAGAGAUGUUGUCAAAACAUAUUCAUUAUCCGAUGCAAUUAAUCAAAGAUGAAAAAUACGUGCAUACAUAUAUAUAUAUAUAUAAAGAGGAAGAACAUGUUGCUUAGAGAUUUCAACUUAUAGGAGCAUAAUCUCAAAAAUUUUCCA